GGUAAUAUUACUGUAGUAUGGUACAUUAGUCGAUACUAUAUAUAUAUAUUAUAUUACUCGUACUAUUUACCUUUAUUUUAUUUGACUGAUUGAUGAUAAUAACUUUAAGAAAUAGUCAUGAGAUUCACACAAGUAUUACUACAAAUUCAAAUUUCACCCGCCACCGCCCACACCCGCAAUGGCCUUAACUACGCGGCAUACGGCCGUAUCAUCCAACAUUGCACCGAUCACCGUCUUGUCCGCGGAGCCAAGCUCCUCCACGCCAAACUUAUCGUUUCCGGCGUCACCCUCAAUAACUAUUUAGCUUCAAAACUAAUCUCUUGUUACUCCAAAACCAACAAUCUUUUUUAUGCUCACAAGGUGUUCGAUGAAAUUCCUAACAGAAAUACUUUUUCUUGGAACGCAUUGUUCAUGGGCUACUCCAUGAAUAACAGACACACCGAUACACUGGACCUUUUUCGGUGUUUUUUGUCUGCUUGUUCGGCAUCCGUGAAACCCGAUAAUUAUACUGUUACGUGUGUGCUAAAGGCGUUGUCGUCGUUGGGUUGUGAGUUGAGCUUGGGUAAAAGAUUUCAUUGUUUUAUUGUACGAAACAGGCUGGACUUUGAUAUAUAUGUGGUAAACGGUUUGAUAACUUAUUAUUGUAGGUGUGAUGAUAUUGAUGCUGCAAGGAAGUUGUUUGAUUUUGUGUAUAAUAAAGAUCUUGUGUCGUGGAAUUCGAUGAUGGCUGGGUAUGCGCAAGGAGGGUGUUACGAGAAAUGUAAAGAAUUGUAUUUCGAGAUGUUGGGUUUGGAAGAUAUUAGACCAGAUGAGUUUACUAUGAUUAGUGUCUUGCAAGCAUGUGCGCAGUCGAGUGAUCUUAAUUUAGGUUUAAAAGUACAUCAAUUUGUGAUAGAUAAUGAUAUCAAAAUGGAUCUCCCUGUUUUCAAUGCAUUGAUUGCAAUGUAUGCAAAAUGUGGUAGCUUAGACUAUGCUAAACAAAUAUUUGAGGAAAUGAGCGAGAAGGAUGAAAUUAGCUAUGGAUCAAUUAUAUCUGGUUAUAUGUUUCAUGGUUUUGUAGACAAAGCUAUGAAUCUUUUUAGGGAAAUGGAAAGACCAGGGUUGAGUACUUGGAAUACUGUGAUAUCAGGGCAGUUUCAGAACAAGCAGUAUGAAACGGUAGUUGAUUUAUUUUACGAGAUGCAGGUGAAUGGGUUCAAGCCUAAUACGGUAACACUGUCAAAUAUUUUUCCUACGCUUUCGCAGUUAUCAAAUCUGAAAGGAGGGAAAGAGAUACAUGCUUAUGCAAUCAGACAUAGGUAUGAUAAGAAUAUAUAUGUAGCAACGGCUACUAUUGAUACCUAUGCUAAGUUAGGUUUUCUUGAGGGGGCACAAACUGUUUUUGAUCAAUCGGAUAAGAGAAGUGUAAUUAUAUAUACGUCGUUAAUAUCAGCAUAUUCUGCACAUGGAGAGGUUAAAGCAGCACUUAAUCUAUUUAAUAAGAUGAUAGAAGAAGGAACACAGCCAGAUUCGGUUACAUUUACAUCUAUAUUAUCAGCUUGUGCUCACUCCGGAGAGGUAGAUAUAGCUUGGAGGAUAUUUAACAGUAUGCAACCAAGAUAUAAUAUUCAGCCUUUAAUGGAACAUUAUGCUUGCAUGGUAGAUGUAUUAAGUCGGGCCAUGAAGAUAUCUGAAGCGUUAAAUCUCAUCAAGAAAAUGCCUUUUGAUCCUAGUGCUAGAAUUUGGGGUGCAUUGCUUAAUGGGGCCUCGAUUUGUAAUAAUGUUGAAGUUGGGAAGUUUGCUUUUGAUCACUUGUUAAAGAUUGAGCCUGAAAAUACAGGAAGUUAUAUGCUGAUGGCUAACUUAUAUUCACGAACCAGCAGAUGGGAAGAGGCUGAAAAUGUUAGAGAUAUGUUGGAUAGUCUGGGGUUGAAGAAAAUCACAGGUAGUAGCUGGAUUGAAACGCCAAAUGGAAUGCAAACUUUUAUGGCCAAAGAUGUAUCAAAUGAAAGAACAGAGGAAAUAUAUGCUACAUUAGAAGAAUUAGUUGACUUGAUGAGAGAACAAAGGUAUGAAGCAAGUAAAGAUCUUCAUGAAGAAAUCGUUGUUGCUUAGAACCAAAUCACUCGAUCCUAAUAUUUAGUAAUAGAGUUUUGAUCCCACUAGCACGUUACUCGCGCAAUGCGGCGGUGGUUAUGGCGGUGACGGUGUGGUGGUGGAGGCGACUGUUGGUGGUAGAGACAACGUCGAUAAUUGAUGAUGUAAAGGAUUUUGGAAAUAUCUUAAAAUUUAAAAAAUAAAAGACUCAUAAUGUAAUUAAACCAUUAAGGGCAUUUUAGACAA